UUUUCCAUGUAGUAGAUACCAGUCAGUUCAACAGGGGUAUGGGGCUGCAUCCAGCUGAGGACCAAAAAAAAGUCACGGCGUUUAGGUCAGGUGUUUUGAUAUAGAUAGAUGGGUCUCAGUUUGUUUUUCUUUUUUAGUCUCACUUUUUUCUCUUCUGCUUGCUCACGAGCCACGGCAAACAACAGGGAGGUCAGGUUUCUUAGUUCAUGGAAGGCUUCAGAUGGCUCCAGCUCUCUGCUCCAACAGAAGAGCCUUGUUUUUUCUCACUUUCAGACUUUACACGCGUCAAGUUCACGGCUGGAAGGAAAGAGGAUACAAAUUGCAACUUGGGCGGCAAACAAUGAUGUUGCAUUCUCUCGCAUUCCGAGAGAGGAGGGCAUCAAACACACGAGACCCUUGCAUAGAUAUAUAACAGACAGCUCGCCUCGCUUGCGUAUGCUGGUACAGAAUUCGGUGCUGCUUGGGUGCUUUCCUUUUUCUUUUGUUCUGCUUUGUUUCUCGAGCAAGAAGGGCUUGUUUGUGUGUUUGUUUUGCUUGUCUGCUCGUAGCUAGCUGCAUAAUUAGAAGAUGAAAAACACGAUAGGUACAUAAUCCCAGGUCCAGAAAUGCUUGCGUAACACGAGUGAUCUCCAUCCGAGAACAUGGUUGCCUGCAGACGGGUAGUUGCCUAUUCGUACAACCAGCAAACAACAACAACGCUAGCACUAUCGCCAUCACCAACGAACACUGGGAUCAUCGCGGUCAUGG